GUACUGGUCCCAUAAAACAUGGAACCUCCAAAAAAGUGAAACUUAUUCUCCUUUUAAGUUUCUAUCUUUCCUAAGAAUAUGCUUUGUUCUUCUCUCUAAAUAUUCUCCUGAAACACAGAUUUUCUCUCUGCAAAAAGUUAAUCUUUCCCAUAUUUUCGCUUUCUCUCUUCUCUGUUUUUACUGUUCUCUCUAAAGUAUGGAGCUUCUUUAUACGAUUCUAUGGAAGGCAUGCACUUGGUUUCUGCUAUCUUUUUUAGUUGCAAGAUUAGUCUCAUUGAUAGCUUGUAUAAGUGAUGAUGUUUUAGUUUCUGGGUUAUUCAAAGAAGAAAGAUUUAAACUUUCUGAAACCCUUGAUUCUAAUCUUAAUGAUGAAGAUGAUGAUCAGAAGAAGGAGGUGGAAACUGAGGUUUAUGGGGAUAGAUUGAAGGUUUUUGAAAAUAAAAGGAUUAAAUUUGUUGAUCAAUCUGUUAAAUUGGUUGAAUUUCAAUCAUUAGAGGAUGUAUUUGUUAGGGAUAUUGAGGAAAUUCUGAGUGAAGUCAUUGUUUAUAAUAAAGGGUUUGAGAUGGGUAACAUUGAAAAAGGUGGAGAAUUUGGUGAAGAGUUGGUUGAUCAGAUUGAAGUGGUGCAAAAAAAUGUGGGUUUUGAAAAUAAAGUUGGUGGGAAGUUGGAAAGUGGUAAUAAUUUGGUUGAUAAGAGUGGUCAAAUUGUUGAUCAUAUAAAAGAAGAAUAUGUGGGAUUUGAAGAUAGGGAGUGUCAUGAUAUUGUUGGUGGGGUUUUGGCUGGUAGAAAAGUUGUUGAUGAUGAAAGCAAUGGCGAAAAUUCGAGCAAAGGAGAGAUUAGUGGUCGAGAAUUUGAUAGGGAUGAAGGUGUUUUAAGUGAUGAUGAGGAGUGGGAGGGGAUUGAGAGAAGUGAAUUGGAAAAGAAAUUUGCAAGAGCCAUUAAUUUUGUGGAGUGUAAGAACAAGGAAGGGCGGUUUUCGAAGGCGGAUAAUGAUGUAAUGAUGCAAUUAUAUGGGUUCCAAAAGGUUGCAAUGGAGGGACAAUGCCAUGAGCCUCAACCCAUGGCACUUAAGCUCUCUGCCCGUGCUAAGUGGAAUGCGUGGCAAAGGCUGGGAAACAUGACUCAAGAAGAUGCUAUGAACCAAUAUAUCAGCCUUCUUUCGGACAAUAUACCUGAGUGGAUGGAAGGCCAUUCUUUGAUCGAAUGCAAACCAAGAUCUUCCAGUGCAGCUGUAAUUAGCUCCCCAGAAGCUAAUCCAAGCACACCUUUGGCCCAACAGGACAAAGAAUGAUAAGAUUAUCCGACAUUCCGAUGCUUAGCUCCGAUUGAUAUUGGAGGCAUUUAUCGUACACGUAAAAACUAACAGGUGGAACAAUUUAUAGGCUAUGGUUUGACAUUGGUAUUUGGCAAGAUUGGGAGCUUCUUCUUUUACUUGUCUGAUUUUAUUAGAUUUUAUUAGUCUGAUUAUUUGCUACUAACAUGAAAGUCAGGAAGAAAAGGGGUCUUAGGAGCUUUGCUAUUAUAAAUAAUACAGUAUGAUUACUCUUACCUAAUUAAUGACAUUCAUAAUUCAUUGUA